GAGCUCCCUCCGUGCCGGCACCCAGCUUGUGCCCAGGACCCCGCGCAGUAAAGAGUUGAGCUGCUCCCGGCGUCCUUCCCGAGAUGUGCGACGACGAGGAGACCACCGCCCUCGUGUGCGACAACGGCUCGGGCUUGGUCAAGGCAGGCUUCGCGGGAGACGAUGCCCCUCGAGCCGUCUUCCCUUCCAUCGUGGGCCGCCCCAGGCACCAGGGCGUUAUGGUUGGUAUGGGCCAGAAAGACUCCUAUGUGGGUGAUGAAGCUCAGAGCAAGAGAGGAAUCCUAACAUUGAAAUACCCCAUUGAACAUGGCAUUAUCACCAAUUGGGAUGACAUGGAAAAAAUCUGGCACCAUACUUUCUAUAAUGAACUGCGCGUUGCCCCUGAGGAACACCCCACCCUGCUCACAGAGGCUCCUCUGAACCCCAAAGCCAAUCGUGAAAAGAUGACUCAAAUCAUGUUUGAGACCUUCAACGUGCCUGCCAUGUAUGUGGCCAUCCAAGCUGUUCUAUCCCUUUACGCUUCUGGUCGUACUACAGGCAUUGUCCUUGACUCGGGGGACGGUGUUACACACAAUGUCCCAAUUUACGAAGGGUACGCUCUCCCUCAUGCCAUCAUGCGCCUGGACCUGGCUGGGAGAGAUCUGACUGACUACCUCAUGAAGAUUCUGACAGAACGUGGCUAUUCGUUUGUGACAACGGCUGAACGUGAGAUUGUCCGUGACAUUAAGGAGAAAUUAUGCUAUGUCGCCCUGGACUUUGAGAAUGAAAUGGCUACUGCAGCAUCCUCCUCUUCUCUUGAGAAGAGCUACGAGUUGCCAGACGGCCAGGUCAUCACAAUUGGAAAUGAGCGCUUCCGCUGCCCAGAAACUCUCUUCCAGCCAUCUUUCAUUGGAAUGGAAUCUGCAGGGAUUCAUGAAACUACCUAUAACAGCAUCAUGAAGUGUGACAUUGAUAUCCGUAAAGAUCUGUAUGCCAACAAUGUACUCUCAGGCGGCACCACCAUGUACCCUGGGAUUGCUGAUCGUAUGCAGAAAGAAAUCACUGCUUUGGCCCCCAGCACAAUGAAAAUCAAGAUCAUUGCCCCUCCUGAGCGGAAGUACUCUGUCUGGAUUGGUGGCUCCAUCUUAGCAUCUCUUUCAACCUUCCAGCAGAUGUGGAUCAGCAAGCAGGAAUAUGAUGAGGCUGGUCCUUCAAUUGUCCACCGCAAGUGCUUCUAAGCAUCUUCUGGUGUCCCUUCCCUGCCUCCUCCACUUAUCUUCCACUCAGGAUGAUGUGCUUCUUGAAGUCUUUUUUCAGUAAUCCUUCCUGAAUUUGGUUCAGCUAUUGUACAGUUUGUUUACACCCCCAUGCAAUUUAUUUGUGCUUCUUUGAAUAUUUAUUGCUUUAUAAAUAAACAAGAUCUGGGAUUUGCAACCUAAA